ACUUGUAUUUAGAUAAAUCAAAUCUAUCACCAGGCGAAGGACCAAGUUUAAUGUUAAAUAAAGAAUUAUUCUUAUCUUCUGAUAAAGAGCCUUAUUUGUUAUUAGAUAGUAAAUCUUUUCUAACUAAUGAACUUUUAUCAGAAAAUAAAUAUUCUUUAAAUAAUACACAUUUUUUAAAUGAAGAAUUAUCUAAUAUUUUACAUAUAUUUACUCAAAAUAAAAGAAAACUUAGUAAAUUACCCAACAUUAAUACUAAAAAAAGGUCUAAACCAGGAAAAAGUUGGGAAAAAAAUCUAUUACUUAACAAUAAAAAUAUUUUUGCUCUUGAUCCAAUAUUUAAUGAUACCAUGACCAGAUGGAACUCAAUUUAUUUAUUGUUAGAACAUCUACUUUAUCUUUAUAAAGCUAUUAAAAGAUUGCAAAAAGAUUUUGCAAAAGAUAAAGAAAGAACUAUUAAACAAAAUUCUAAAGCAUUAGAAGAGUUGCUUCUUGAAGAAGAAGAUUUAUUAAGAAUUCAAGAGUUGGUUAAGUUGUUAAGUCCUUUUGCAUAUGUUAUAACCAUAAUGGGCAGUGAUCAAUAUUCUACUUUUUCAAUGAUAUUAUCAUUAAUUAGAAUAUUACAAGAUCAUCUAUUUGAAAAUGAAAUGAUACUUAAACAUUCAAUUGUUCGUGAUGUACGUAAUGAGAUAGAGCUCUCAUUUGGAAACCAUUGA